UUUUUUUUUUUAAAUCACUGAAUAGUAUUUCAUUGUAUGUAUAUACCACAGUUUGUUUAUCCAUUUAUCCACUGAUGGGCAUUUGGAUGGACAUUUGUUUCUACCUUUCGGUUAUUGUGAUGAAUGCUGCUGUGAACAUUUGUGUAUAAGGAUUUGUCUAAGAAUCUGUUUUCAGUUCUUUUGGCUGUAUACCUUGGUGUAGAAUUACCAGGUCAUAUGUUAAUUCUUUAACUUUUUGAGGAACCACCAACUGUUUUCUGCAAUGGCUGAGUCAUUUUAUACUCCCACCAGCAGUGUGCAAUGGUUCAGAUCUCUCCACAUCCUCACCAACACUUGUUACUUUCCCAGGGUCUCUUUUGGAUAUGUUAAGAUGCCAGUGUGUUACAGAAGUGGAGAUAUAAAAUAAGCUAUUAGACAUAGAAGAUCUGGAGUUCAGAAGGAAGAUUUGGGCUUUGAAUAUAUAUUUUGGAAUUGUUGGCUUACCAAGAGCACUUAAAGACACGAGAGAAGAUGACAUUGGCAAGGAAAAGUGUAUAGACUGUGAGGAGAAGAGGGCCUUAGAUCUUUGCUCAGAAGAACCAUGGGUAUCUGGAGGGAAGAGGAGAAGGAGCUGGCAAAGAUCAAGGGGGGGCCAAUCCAAACAUACCACCAAGUCAGCUUAGCAAAUGAGAAGUGGAGUUGGGUUGUGUCCUGUCUCAGAUAGGUUCUGCUGAAGAUCCAGGAAGUGCAAUGAGGUGUUUCUUCAUUACCAUCCAUGGCACCAGUACUUUUAAUAUCUCAAAAGGCACAUCUCAGGAUCAGAAAACUCCUUGCUAUAGAUUUCCACAGAAAUACAAUAGUACAAACAUAAGGAGAAAGACCCUUUCCCAUCUUCUAAUUUUGGUACAGAUACGUCCACAUCCUAAUCUUUGGAACCUGUGAAUAUGUUAUUUUACAUGGCAAAAGCGACUUUGCAGAUGUGAUUAAAUUAAGGAUUUUGAGAUGGAAAGAUUAUCCUGGAUUAUCUGAGUAGCCACAAAGUAAUCAGAAAGGUCCUUACAAGUGAUAGGCAGGCCAGUCAGAGAUUUAAAGAUGCCACAUUGCUUGCUUUGAAGAUAGAUGAAGGAUUAAGACAAGGGAACUUUUUUGAGGUGAUGGAAAUAUUGUAUAUUUUGAUUGUUUGGUAGUCGCACAACUGUAUAUGUUUGUCAAAACUCACAGAACUGUACAUCUCAAAAGGGUGAAUUUUACUGUGUGUAAAUUAUACAGCAAUAAACUUGACUUGACAUGAUCUCAGUUUGCAGGACAGAGUCCUUCCGGCUCCGUGCUUUUAGCAGAGCCUGCUUGGGACUCUCUGUCCUCUCCCUCUCUCUCUGUCCCUCCCCUGCACGCGCUGUCUCUCUCUCUCUGAAUAAAUAAACUUAAAAAAAAUAAACUUGACUUUAAAAAAAUUGAAGAAAAAAUGUCCUACAACUAUAGUCUUCAGUCCCUAGACUGAGCACCCAACCAGUAAAUAACUUCGUCCAAAUUUUUGGCUUCUGUGCCAUGUUGUUCACAUAUUUUUUUCUACUAAUACAGCAUGCUUAUCUGCCUGCAGCUUUAAAUUUUAAUUGGAAGAGUAAUGAGCAUUUCCCUUCUAAAAAGUUCAACAAUUGCUCUGCCUCAAGGAAUAAGGGAAAGCACCAAAAGAAUGGUGACGAAAUAACCUAGAAGCACAGAGGCUUGUGGGAGGUGGGGGAAUCCCUGUCUGGUGCCAAUCUGGAGAAGCAGGCAAGCCUAUAGGAAGGAGGUCAUUAUGUUGAAAAUAGACGUCAUCUUGGUUUGGAGGGAAUUUCCAACUCCGGAUUGUUUAAUGUUAGACUUAUGUAGUUAAGGAUGGCCUGGCAUUAGCUUAAUUAAAACACCAGUCCGUUGUACCUAAAGGCUAAGGCGCGCGAAUCUCUGCACAGGCUGGCAGGGACGGUCCCCACCGAGCAGGGGUCAGCUCUCGGCCAACUCUCUCCAGCCCGGCAGGCGAACGGCCUUCUCAUUGGCCACUGUCCGGCUGCCUCGGGCGUUCAUUGGCCCGCUCCGAAUCCCGUUUACUAUAAGAGGCGGGCAGCCCUGGUCCGCCGGCAGCACUAGUUUAUCGCCGGCGGCAGCACCACAGAGAAGUACACCAAACUCAUCAUGAUUGAAGACAAUAAGGAAAAUAAAGACCAUUCCCUAGAAAGAGGAAGGGCGACUCUCAUUUUUUCCUUGAAGAAUGAAGUUGGUGGACUAAUAAAAGCACUGAAAAUUUUCCAGGAGAAACAUGUGAGCCUGUUACAUAUUGAGUCCCGAAAAUCAAAGAGAAGAAACUCAGAAUUUGAGAUCUUUAUUGACUGUGAUAUCAACAGAGAACAAUUGAAUGAUAUUUUUCAUCUGUUGAAGUCCUACACUAACGUUCUCUCUGUGAAUCCACCAGAUAAUUUUACUGUGAAAGAAGACGGUAUGGAAACUGUUCCUUGGUUUCCAAAGAAGAUUUCUGACCUGGAUCAUUGUGCCAACAGAGUUCUGAUGUAUGGAUCUGAACUGGAUGCAGACCAUCCUGGCUUCAAAGACAAUGUCUACCGUAAAAGACGAAAGUAUUUUGCAGACUUGGCUAUGAACUAUAAGCAUGGAGACCCCAUUCCCAAGGUUGAAUUCACUGAAGAGGAGAUUAAGACCUGGGGAACCGUGUUCCGAGAGCUGAACAAACUUUACCCAACCCAUGCCUGCAGAGAGUAUCUCAAAAACUUACCUUUGCUUUCUAAAUAUUGUGGAUACCGGGAAGAUAAUAUCCCACAAUUGGAAGAUGUCUCAAACUUUUUAAAAGAGCGCACAGGUUUUUCCAUCCGUCCUGUGGCUGGUUACUUAUCACCAAGAGAUUUCUUAUCAGGUUUAGCCUUUCGAGUUUUUCACUGCACACAGUAUGUGAGACACAGUUCAGACCCUCUCUAUACCCCAGAGCCAGAUACCUGCCAUGAACUCUUAGGUCAUGUCCCCCUGUUGGCUGAACCUAGUUUUGCUCAAUUCUCCCAAGAAAUUGGCCUGGCUUCUCUUGGAGCUUCAGAGGAGGCUGUUCAAAAACUGGCAACGUGCUACUUUUUCACUGUGGAGUUUGGUCUCUGUAAACAAGAUGGGCAGUUGCGAGUCUUUGGUGCUGGAUUACUUUCUUCGAUCAGUGAACUUAAACAUUCACUUUCUGGACAUGCCAAAGUAAAGCCCUUUGAUCCCAAGAUUACCUGCAAACAGGAGUGUCGCAUCACAACUUUUCAAGAUGUCUACUUUGUAUCUGAAAGCUUUGAAGAUGCAGAAGAGAAGAUGAGAGAAUUUACCAAAACAAUUAAGCGUCCGUUUGGAGUGAAGUAUAAUCCAUAUACACGGAGUAUUCAGAUCCUGAAAGACACCAAGAGCAUAACCAGUGCCAUGAAUGAACUGCAGCAUGAUCUUGAUGUUGUCAGUGAUGCCCUUGCGAAGGUCAGCAAGCAGCUGAGCAUCUGAUCCUGAGAGCAUCUGAGCGCCAAUUCAGAGAGAGACCUGUGGGCCAGCUCCUGCUUUUCUUGAAGACCUGGUCAUGGAGGGACAGUAGCCAAACAACAUUCUCUACUCCCAUUCCUUAAUUAGUUCUUUGGAAAUUU